AAUCCACUAUGGAUGCGUUCAGGUAGUGACGUUGCAACGUGCUUUAUAGCUCGAAGCGUCCAGUCUAACUUCUAUACCUCUGUGUAGUUUUAUAGUAUGUGAAAAGAUGAUGUCACGUCCGAUUCUGAAAAGUCCCAGAACUUCUGGUAUUUCCCCAAGACAUUUGCCGGCCGAUCGCAAAGUACACCUAAAUAAGAGCGAACCUGUCUUUGGGAGACAGGGCAAGGUCGGCUCUAGCCUUGCUUUGGAGCAAUCUGAUAAAACCGUGACUUUCAACGAAAAGGUGAAUAUGAGAGUUUUUCAGAAGGAGGAAAGUGUCCCUCUCAGCAAGAAAUUCGAAAGCCUUCUGAAGAUGUUGACGGAUGGCUCAAUGGAUGAGGGUGUGUUGGCUGGAUGUCUAAGAGACUGUGGAGAGAAAAUUGCUGCCUUCGACAGAAGACUGGAGGCAGUUGUGAAUGCCUUAUUGAGAUCUGUUUGGCCCAAUCCAAGUCCUCCUUUGCAGAGGGAAUAUGAAAGUUUCAUCUCGGCCUUGCUCACAGCACAUUGCUUUUAUACUGACUUGGUACUCAAGGUGCUCAUUGCUCAGUUUCUUCCUAGGAAUGCUACCAGUGAGAACCAGAAUGACACCUCUUACUCAUCAAUGGAAGGAGCAAAUUUUGCUCUUACUGUGAUGAAACUUGUACUGAAGAUUGUCCCAAUCUAUCGAUGUCACUUCCCUUCACUGCUGAAGAAUGGUUUGCCAUUCUUGUGGAAGAGCAAAGAAGAUCAUCAUUUUUAUUUGAGGAAUCUCCUCCAUGUCUCUGUGGACUAUCCUGAUAUAAGAUCAGACAUCUUUCUCAUAAUUUUUGAUAGGUUGCUGGAGCUGGAUAUGAAGUGUUCUCGUGAAGAUCUACUAUCUCUGCAAGCUGAGGAGCUGCCAGAUGCUGUCUUCAAGAUGGACAUUGACUCUGAGCCAGAUGAGAGUCAGCACUGCUCUCAGGUGUUGGACAUACUCAUGCAGGAAAUGUGCAAUCAUGUCCACAAGGUGUGUCACCCUAAUGGGGUUCUUGAUGUGAAGGAAAUGCAACAGCUAUUCAAGGACAUGUGGUCGGUGUUUGAGAGGCUGGUUCUCCCUGCACGCUCAUCCUCUCAUGUCCAGUUUCUUCUCUUCUAUCUCACCAGCUUCCAUCCUCAGCUCCCUGAUGCCUUUGUUGAUAAUCUGUGGAAGAUCUUUGAAAGGCCAAGCACACCUCCAAUCAUCAGACAGCUAUCAGUAGGCUACAUGGCCAGUUACUUGGCCCGAGCCAGUUUCGUUUCUUUCAGCCUGGUGAAAGCUUGUUUGGAGCUUUUCUGUUCUUGGAUUCAUUGCUACAUUGACAGCCAGGAUAACAGUGAAAAAGCAUAUCCAAGUCGCAAUCUUCAUAGACCCUUCUAUGCAGCCUGUCAGGCUGCCUUUUAUCUCUUUGCAUUUCGUCACCAGGAAUUCGUGCACAGGCACAAAAGGAUCAGCUUCCUCCAGAGUCUGAACUUUGAACGGAUUGUGAGCUGUCAACUGAAUCCCCUGAAGCUGUGCCAUCAAGCAACUGUGAGGAACUUUGCGUCUGUGACUCGGCAUUACCAGCUGGCGUACUGCUACACCAUCAUCGAGAGGAACCGGCGAUCUCAGCUACCCACUGUAAUCCUUGAUCAGACUUUGAGGAUCCAGGAAAACACAAAUGAGCCACUUGAGCCCUUUUUCCCAUUUGAUCCAUAUCUCUUACCUGAGUCAUAUGAGGUCAUCAAAGAGCUUUACAGAGAAUAUAAAGAGCCGCAAGUAGAAGAGCCAAAAGUGGAGACCAAAGAGAAUGAGGAAGAUGAUUUUCUGAAUGGGGAAGAUAUUGGAGAAUCAAACACAAAUGCAGUCAUCUCUGACCUACUAGGCUAUUCAAUUUCUCCUGGCUUUUUGCAUCGCUCUUAACCAGAAUUAUAUAAGGAGAGUUCUGUCACAUCAUCAAAUCCUUUUGCCUGCUGAACUGUGAUGAGAUGCUACUUGUUUGUUAAUUCAUGUGUUUCAUGAUUUAUUUCUCCUUUCUUGGGUCUGACCUCAGUGGAGAAUGAAGAUAUUCCAGUACC